AUGGCAUCUGGCUACGGCUUGACCGGAGGCGUCUCUCGCUGUUUUCCUUUCUGGCAAGAAUACAUGUCAUGCUACGUUGUCAAUCAACACGAUCAAGAAGCAAGACGGAAAGGCGUUUGCGCGCCCCGACUAGAAGAUUAUUACGAAUGUCUACAUCAUAAAAAGGAGCACGCUCGCGCACAAGCAAUUCAAGACGCACUACGAAAAGCUGAAGCCGCACAUCCUCGGGAGAAUGCGCCCAAGGUCGGUCAAAUUCGAAGUUUAGGUUUGAUAGGGAAAGAAGAGGAGACCAAAUCAAUACUUGGUGCUUCCCUGCUAGACAAGGGGAGCACCCAGCUCAUUCGGAAUACCGCUGCUUCCCAGCUAGCCGACAUCCAGAAACAAAAUCCCGACAACCUCUUUGCUCUGCUGGGCAGAGUCCUUCCUUACCUACAGUCCAAAUCAUGGGACACCCGAACUGCCGCGGCAAAGGCGGUAGGGGGCAUCAUCUCCAACGCCGAAAAGUUCGACCCGAACGCCGACGAUGCGGAGAUCAAGUCCGAGUUCGUCAAGGCGGAGGAGACUCACACCCAGGUCGACGAGAAAACUCCCGAGGUUGACGACCUACUCCAACUCGCGACGCUGGACAUCAAAUUGAUUCUUCGUCAUGGCAAGAAGCUUUUAGGCAGCGCCGGCAAAGAGUAUGAGUAUUCCAUGGCGGGCAUGACCCCCGCGCAGCGCCUUGCGCAUCAAAAGCAGAGCUUGACGGCCCGGCUUGGACUUGGUGGCGAAUACAUCGAGGACGACCUGGUCACGGAGAACGACUUCGCCGCAAACUCACAGCAUAAAGUCCACACCCCAGGACUAUCACAAGUGGACACUAAAUCAGCUGGGCCAAGACAAGACAGCCUCGGAACCAGCUCACCUUUCAGCGCGGUCUCCCCAUCCGACAACAAUGGACCACCGUUUCUCGAUGAGUCCGGCCUCAGUAAACGACAGCUCAACCAACUGAAACGUAAGAACAAAUCCGCUGCCAAAGCUGGCGCCAGUAAAAUGCGAGUAGUUGAUCUUUCGGGUCGACGUCCGAGCGAGCCAGGCCAGACUCCAGCGUCCGCAACUCCUCAUCCCGUCAAACUUAAUGGCCACGAAGAGCCCAAUGGAGACUCCAAACCAGAUUAUUUUUCGAUCAAACGAGAGGGUCCCGACGACAAAACGACGCUCAUUUCUGAGUUCAAAGGCGAGACCGUGCCUGAAAAGCCGCUCAUUCAGCCCGACGAGGAACAUGCCCACGACUGGCCAUUCGAUGUCAUGUGCGAUUUUCUGUCUCUCGAUCUGUUUGAUCCAAAUUGGGAGGUGCGCCAUGGAGCCGCCAUGGGGUUAAGGGAGGUCCUCCGCGUCCAUGGCCGUGGUGCCGGUCGUCGGUUUGGGAAAUCUCGGGCCGAAAAUGACCUGGCCAACCGACGCUGGCUGGACGACCUUGCAUGCCGUCUGCUCUGCGUGUUGAUGCUGGAUCGCUUCGGAGAUUAUGUUUCCGAUACUGUCGUCGCGCCAAUUCGUGAAUCAAUUGGUCAGACACUGGGUGCGUUGCUGACCCAACUACCCGACGACAUCGCCAUUUCGGUGUACAACUUCCUGCAAGAAAUGAUAAACCAAAAGGACACGGGCCUGAAGCAGCCAAUUUGGGAAGUCUGUCAUGGAGGCAUGAUCGGUUUGCGAUACUUUGUCGCGGUGCGGAAGGAUCUUCUCCUUCAGCAUGGUGACCUGAUUGAUGGUGUUGUGUCGGCCGUCAUUCGCGGACUGGCCCAUCCUGAUGACGACGUCAAGUCGGUGAGCGCUGCGACGUUGGUUCCUAUUGCUGGAGAACUUACGACCAUGCGCCCCCAUUCCCUUGGUCAACUCAUCAGUGUGGUGUGGGAUUGUCUUUUGGAUAUGCAAGAUGAUCUCAGCGCCAGCACUGGUGCGGUAAUGGACCUUUUGGCCACGCUUUGCUCGUAUGACGCGGUCUUGGAGGCGAUGCGGGUCAAUGCGGCCAGCGACCCUGAUCAAUCAUUCGAGAUGCUGGUGCCUCGCCUCUAUCCUUUCUUGAGACAUACAAUCACCAGCGUGCGGAUGGCCGUUUUGAAAGCUUUGGCGACCUUCUUGAAUCUGUCAAAUGUGAGCAACAUGGAAUGGGUCGACGGUCGCGUGACACGCCUGGUCUUCCAAAAUAUGUUACUCGAACGAAGCGAGGGCGUCUUAUGGAUGUCUUUGGAGGUCUGGCAGGCUCUAGUGGCCUUCAUGGCACGCCAGGGGUUUAUGAACUUUACAUCCAGUUUAGAACCACACAUUAUCCCGAUGCUGAGGGCCGCUAUUCAACCUAUCGGUCAAGCACGAAGUCCUAUUCCCAUGGACGCCUCCCUCCUCAUCAGACCUUCCGGAGCACCGAUGGCUGCCCUCACGACAAAGCAUGGGCACGCCCCCGACUCCGAUCAGCAAGCCAAGAAGCGGCGAAAGGUCGAAAAAUCUGAUUCGAACCAACAGCUUUCACACAACACCGACGGGCACAUGUUGCAUGGCGAGGUGGACUUGAUUGGACUGGAGGUCAUGCUGCGAACCAGAAUCACCUGUUCGCGAGCACUGGGUCUUCUCUUAGGCAAACAGAAUGAGGCAUCGAUCGCUUCGUAUUGGACUAGUCUCAUCCCCGUCAUCCACUCACCUCAUUCCAGUACGAGGUUGUGUGCCGCAAUGAUAUUAGAAGAACUUGCCAAGAAUCAGCCCAACAAGCGGGCCAGCACUCCGGCAUUCGUGGCCCAACUUCAACAAGUCCUCGAUGACGACGGCAACGGCUGGUACACCGACAUUGUAUCGUCCUUGCAAGCGGCUCGAGGUCAAUGUCAGUCUCUUAUCAGCGCGUUUCAGAAUAACGCCCAUGUUCCUCGCGAUAGGUUACCGGCGAUCGCCGUGGUCUGUCAAGGCGAUAGUGGUGCUGGUCCCAAGGCUUUCUCGCUCGCGGAUGCCGAACGAAUUGUGACAACCGACUUCGAUCGCCUGCUCAAAGGGCUCACCCCGGCGCAACGAGUGUCUGGGACACAGUACUUAAAUGAUGCUCGUGCAAACGCCGUGACUGCCGUCGAGGAGGCCAGGAAGGUAAAAGAAAGCCGUGACAUUUCGAUCAAGGCGACCAUUGCAUCCGUCUUUGUUAGACUCGGAGAGAUCCCCAAGAAGCCUGGUCAGUUGAUCAAAUGUAUCAUGGACAGCAUCAAAGGUGAAGAAUUUGAAGAAUUACAAUCUCGGUCAGCGUCGGCGGUAGCGGCCCUCAUCGAUUUUUACACGACGAGCCCUAAACGAGGACCAGUGGACAAACUGGUUUCGAACCUCAUGAAAUUCACUUGUGUGGACACCUCGGAGACGCCGGAAUUCGGCCCCAAUUCCACCUUCGAAGACAUUGUCCUCUCCUUGCGAAAAGAAGAAGAUAGGAAGGAUCAUCCGGACGCCGCUAAAUUUGAUCAAGAGGCCAAAGAGGCACGAAUAAUGCGAAGAGGAGCGAAACGGGCCCUGGAUGAACUGGCCCAAUCUUAUGGUGCGACACUUCUCGAGAAGCUGCCGGUCUUGAAAUCUCUCAUCGAAAAUCCCAUCCGGGAGCUCAUCGAGCCCGCCGAUCCGGCAUCGUUGCAGGUCGACGAAGAGCAAGGCCAGUCACUCGUUGACGCUCUUUCCACUUUGCGCACACUCUCGCCGACUUUGGAUACCGGUUUGCAUCCUUGGAUUUUGUCGCUAUUCCCAUUGAUUGGAAAGGCCAUGCGUAGCAGGCUUUCCGUCAUUCGGUACAGUGCUUCCAAGUGCUUUGCUACCCUCUGCAGUGUUAUUCCGGUUGAUGGCAUGACAAUGCUGGUGCAAGACAUCUUACCCAACAUCAGCAACCCCUUGGAUCUGAGAGAUCGACAAGGAAUUACAGAGUGUGUUUACCAUCUCAUCUAUGUCAUGGGCGACCGCAUUCUCCCCUAUGUCAUCUUCCUGAUCGUCCCGGUCCUUGGUCGGAUGAGCGACGCCAACAACGAUGUCCGUCUCCUCGCCACGACGUCGUUUGCGACCUUGGUGAAGCUCGUCCCCCUAGAAGCGGGCAUCCCUGAUCCUCCCGGGAUGCCGGGUUCACUCCUUCAAGGACGGGAGCGAGAGCGCCAAUUCAUGGCGCAAAUGCUAGAUCCGAGGAAAGUGGAGCCUUUCCGGAUUCCAGUGGCCAUCAAGGCGGAACUACGAUCGUACCAGCAAGAGGGCGUCAACUGGUUAGCCUUUCUCAAUAAAUACAAUCUACACGGUGUCCUCUGUGACGAUAUGGGCCUUGGAAAGACGCUCCAAACCCUCUGCAUCGUGGCCAGUGAUCAUCACAUGCGGGCCGAAGAAUACGCCAAAUCACAGGCGCCUGACAUGAGGAAACUGCCCUCGCUCAUCGUUUGUCCUCCCACGCUCUCGGGCCAUUGGCGGCAAGAGAUCAAACAAUAUGCCCCGUUCUUGAGCUGCGUCGCCUACGUCGGUUCGCCGGCCGAGAGAAGUAGUCGUCGCCACUUGCUCGAGCAGGCCGACGUCGUGGUCACGUCGUACGAUGUGUGCCGAAACGACAACGACGUGUUGACGGCCAUCACCUGGAAUUACUGUGUCCUCGACGAAGGGCAUCUGAUCAAAAACCCGAAAGCCAAGAUUACACAGGCGGUAAAAAAGAUCAUCAGCAAUCAUCGGCUCAUUCUUUCGGGCACGCCGAUCCAGAACAACGUCCUGGAGCUAUGGUCUCUGUUCGACUUCCUCAUGCCCGGAUUCCUCGGGACCGAGAAGGUGUUCCAGGAUCGAUUCGCGAAGCCCAUUGCCGCCAGUCGAAACGCGAAGUCGUCGUCGAAAGAGCAAGAAGCCGGCGCGCUGGCGAUUGAAGCGCUCCACAAACAAGUUCUGCCGUUCUUGCUGCGCCGCUUGAAGGAGGAGGUUCUGAACGACCUGCCUCCGAAGAUCCUGCAAAACUACUAUUGCGACCUCAGUGAACUGCAGAGGCGAUUAUUCGAGGACUUUUUCAAGAAGGAACGGAAGACCGUGGAGAACAGCAUUGGAUCGGCCGACAAGGAGGCCAAACAACACAUCUUCCAAGCCCUGCAGUAUAUGCGCAAACUGUGCAACUCUCCCGCUCUCGUGGUCAAGGAGGGCAACAGGCAGUAUGAUGCUAUUCAGAAGCAGCUUGCGGCAUCCAAGUCCAGCCUGCGGGAUGUCGCACACGCACCGAAACUGGGUGCUUUACGGGACUUGCUUGUCGACUGCGGGAUCGGAGUGUCCAACGACUCCAACGACAUCUCGGCGUCGAAUUACGUAUCACAACACCGAGCAUUGAUCUUCUGUCAGAUGAAAGAAAUGCUGGACAUGGUGCAAACGGAAGUCCUUGGCAAAUUGCUCCCGACCGUGCAAUUUCUGCGACUGGACGGCAGCGUGGAAGCCUCCAAGCGACAGAACAUUGUCAACCAGUUCAACAACGAUCCCAGCUACGACUGCCUGUUGUUGACGACGAGCGUCGGUGGCCUAGGAUUGAACCUGACAGGAGCCGACACGGUCAUCUUUGUGGAACAUGACUGGAAUCCACAGAAGGACAUCCAAGCGAUGGACCGAGCGCAUCGAAUUGGACAAAAGAAGGUCGUCAACGUGUAUCGACUCAUCACUCGGGGGACGCUCGAGGAGAAGAUAUUGAGCCUGCAACGAUUCAAGAUCGAUGUGGCAUCCACUGUGGUCAAUCAGCAAAACGCUGGUCUCGGCAGCAUGGAGACGGAUCAGAUCCUGGACUUGUUUAAUCUCGGCGACACAUCGGAGACGGGAGGCGAAAGUGGUGGCACCGGUAAAGACGAGGACAUGGUGGACCUCGAGACAGGAGAGGUCAAGAAGAAAGGUGAGAAGGGCUGGCUGGACGACGUGGGCGAACUAUGGGAUGAGAGGCAGUACGAGGAAGAGUUCAAUUUGGACUCGUUCGUGCAGAAUCUGCAAAAAUAG